AUGGGCAGUCACGGUGUCGUUCCCCUAACCAUCGUGGCCCCGUUGCCGGACCUGUGUCGGCAUGUAGCGAACUGCAUCGCUCGGGCUGAAAAGGAGGUUUUCUUGGGGACCAAUUUCUGGAUCUACUCCGAUGCAUCGACCCUUGUAACCAACGCGUUUCGGGAGCUGUCAAGACGCGCUGGCGAGCGGGGGAGCAAAGUGGUUGUGAAAGUGUUAUACGACCGGGGAAAUCCUCAACAGCUCUGGGAUAAUCACCUGAGCGUCGGUGAGAAGCAGUAUGCAGAUCCCAAUGGCAAAGUCCGACUGCCUCCUGCCAAAGAAAUCCCCAACGUCGACCUUCAAGUCACCAACUACCACCGCCCUAUCUUCGGAACUUUUCACGCCAAAUUCAUGGUCAUUGAUCGAAGGGUUGCUUUGAUUCAGAGCAGUAAUGUUCAGGAUAACGAUAACCUCGAGAUGCUGGUCCAUGUCGAAGGACCCAUUGUGGACUCGUUCUAUGACACCGCGUUGAUCUCGUGGGGGAAGGCAUUCAACACGCCUCUUCCAAUGAUUUCCUCUCCGGCCGCAAGUGCUGGGAUUCCAAGCUUCUCUGCUCAGCAUUCACAGGCUGAAUCUGAUGAAAACCUACAUUCUCCAUUACCUGAGCACACGACGCACGAUCCUCAUUAUGAUGGUGAUGUCCAGCAAGAGGCCCAGAGGGUCAACGACACAAUUCGUCCCCGAGCAGGGGAAUCGAAAACUCAAGCUGCCACUCGUCAUCUGAAUACUACAGUUCAGCGAGACACGACCGGUGACGCCCCUGAUAGCGACCAGGAACCUCCAAUGCGACCAUACGUGACUCUACCACCUCACAAGCCAUUUCCCAUGGCCCUGGUCAACAGAGAACCCUGGGGAGGCAAGUUCCUUCAUCAGUGCCUAAGAAAGACUACGAUUGCUAACAACACUUCAGCGCCAAACCAUACCAGCAUCUACACUCCACAAAACUCAGCCUUUCUCUCCGCCUUCAAACACGCGAAGCACUCCAUCUUCAUCCAGACUCCGAAUAUGAACGCAGAGCCCAUCCUGGAAGCGUUACUCGAUGCAGUCCGUCGCGGCGUCACCGUCACAUGCUAUCUGUGCCUUGGCUACAACGACGCAGGCCAACUCCUUCCCUUCCAGAACGGAACGAACGAGAUGAUCGCGAAUCAACUAUUCCGCUCCCUGCAUGCGGGCGAAGAACGCUCGCGACUGCGCAUAUACAAUUACGUAGGCAAGGAUCAAACUAAACCGAUCCACAAUAAAUACAAGAAGCGAAGCUGCCACAUUAAGCUUAUGAUAAUUGAUGAGCGGGUGGCUAUACAGGGGAACGGAAACCUCGACACUCAAUCCUUCUACCACAGCCAGGAAGUGAACCUCCUCCUUGACUCGCCGCUUGUAUGCCGUGUCUGGUUGGAGCAGAUAAACCAGAACCAGAACACGGCGCUUUAUGGCGCAGUGAGCAGCGAGGACGGGUGCUGGCAUGAUCCGGUUAGUGGUGAGAUGCCCAAGGGCUCUAUUGGGGUGGACCCCGGACGCUUCAGUUGGGCUAAAGGGGUUGUUGGUGCUGUACAAAGGGUGAGAGGUGUUGGGGGAUUUUAG